AUGAUCCAGAAGGUAAACGCUCCCCGCGCCGGCAAGACUGCCCUCGCGCCCUUCACCCCGCCUGCUCCGGACCAGACCGACCCGGAUGGCUUACCCGACUGGGGCUCUUGGCGCGACGGCAAGCACUGGAAGAUCGAGAUCAUCCAGCAGCCAAUCCGCGCUCGAAUGUGUGGCUUUGGGGAUAAAGAUCGAAGACCAAUAGCGCCAGCCGUAGUGGCAAAACUAGUGGUGCACGACGAGGAUAAUAAACUGUUGGAGGAUACGGAUAUUGACUACGCAUUCCUCGUCGUCACCGCCGAUCUAUGGUCUCCGGACGGGAAGAGCGAGCGAAAUCUUGUGAUCCACCCUGGGUCUAGCGAGAGGCACGCCGCCGCACAAGCGUCUAACAAGAAGCGGAGGACUACGGCACCGGAGAAGCAUGAGCCCUCCCUCCAGCCAGCCCCAGCCCCUUCGCCCGGCACCUUCGGUCCUCUGUCAAUACCGACGUUGCCGGUACUGCCCUCGCUUUCUCUUCAGAGUCCCUACGACCAACAACAAGCUUCGGCAUGGUCGACAUCAUACGCUAUGGCCCCCCCGCUUGCAUCCCAGGAUACUGUUUCUCUCCAUCGGCCGCGCACUCUGUCUCUGGACCACCCGCCCUCGGAUGACGAGUGGGCCCAUGACGAUUCCGAAGUUGGCCCUUACCGCACCUGGAGCGCCGACCCAUCUUACGCGCCUCUUGCGCCGCUCGCCCCAGCGCCCGGGCCCUCUCGCCGCAAUAGCCCGCCACCAUCCGUUUCUUAUAGCCCGCCCCGCCCCCCCACGUUGCCUCAGCUCCCAGCACGUAUCGAAUUACAAGAGGCCCCGCCGCCGUCCCCACCUACAUCUACCGGCAACACUGGGCCACCACCGACGCCUUCUGAGCCUACAUCUGAAGCUGGGAUCGGCACACAUCGACCGCCAUACGACGAGAGCAUGUACGCUUCGGCAUCGAUUGCCCAGGGCUUUCCACUCACGACACCUGCGUCGCAGGGUGUGAGUGGAAAGGGAAAGGCUCGGCGCGCCAUGCCCGGCGACGCGUACACGCGCACAUUAGUGGGACCCGUUGCUGCUAGCGCAAGCCGAUUGCUCGACGAGCACCGCAAGCCAGGCGUUUUCUUCCUCUUCCAGGAUCUGAGCAUCCGCACCGAAGGCGCUUUUCGCCUGCGUUUGCGUCUCAUGAAUCUUGGUCCUCCAAUUCCGCCGCCCGAGGACGAAAUGCCCAGCAUCAAUACUGGCUUCUCAGCUGUUCUGUCCGAGGUGUACUCUCAGCCAUUCGACGUUUAUACAGCAAAGCGCUUCCCCGGAGUGCCCGAUACGACCGCGUUGUCAAUUGCGUUUGGCAACCAGGGCCAGAAGCUGCCUCUGCGGAGUCGCCACGGCUCACGGAAAGGACGCAGACGCCGUGGAGAAGAAUCAAGCGAUGAAGAUGAUGAGGACUGA